AUGGCGCUCCGACGACCACAUCGGAAAUCCCGCCAUGGCUGCGCGGAAUGCAAGAGACGACGUGUGAAGUGCGACGAAGGCCGCCCAUCCUGCUCCAAUUGCGCUAAGCGCCAUUCGGAAUGUGAGUACGGGUCGUCAACAUCCCUACUGUGGGCAAAUGAAGAAUCACCCGCGACACGCUCAUCUCUCGGAUCCGACAGCGGGCAGCCAGGCGACCCAGCAUCGGGACUCGCACAUUCAGCCUCAACCUCAACCCCAAGGACAGAAGCAGCAGACUCAUUCAAAAUCCUCAGCCAACUCGGCAGCGAAAAUGCAGAAACCUCAACAGCCUCCACGCUGAACCUGCACGACCUAGAGCUGAUUAUGCAAUGGUGCACCACGACGUUCCACACACUGUCACGCAGCGAGCGCACCGAUCCAAUCUGGCGCGACCUUGUACCCAAAGAGGCUCUCUCGCAUCCAUUUCUAAUGCACGGUAUUCUGGCCCUGUCAGCCCUGCAUCUCGCCCGGACAGGACCAGAGCUAAGCCAGCGCCCGUCGUAUCUCAACCGAGCCGUCGCGCACCAGAAUCAGGCGCUGGCGCUGUUCCGGGGGAUGCUGGGUGAUGUGAAAGAGAGCAAUGCCAAGGCGAUGUUUGCCUUUGCCGGAAUUGUGGUUAUCUACACGUUUGCAUUCCCGCAUACACCAGACACGCAGGAUCCAUGGUCUUGCAUCGACGAUCUGUACCAGGUACUUGUUUUGACGCGGGGCGUGCAGCAGGUUAUCCGGGCGCCGCGGGACUUUAGAGAUUUUCUAUGGCUGAGUUCCUUCGGACCGGUGUUGCAGGUUCUGGAGGUGAGGGGAACGAUGCCUGAGGAUGCGAGUGUUAUGCUCAGACGGCUACAUGAGGCGAAUGAGGUCUGUAAGACGCGGAAUGUGGACCAUGAGCUGGAGGUUUACGGGGAUGCUAUUGCGAAUCUGGAGGAAAUGCUCAGCUGGUGCUACGGCGGGAUGAGGGCGAAUACGAUUGCCGGGAGAUGGGCGAUUCGCUUGCCUGCUCGGUUCAUGGAAUUGUUACGCGAGCGAGAUCCCCUCGCUCUAGUCAUGUUAGCUCACUACGGCGUGCUCUUGCAGUAUCUGGAGCAUCGCUGGUGCUUUGACGAGUUGUGUGUCAGGGUCUCAAAGGCUGUGUGGGCGAUCUUGGAUGAGCAGUGGAGACCGCUGGUUGAAUGGGCUAUGAAGGAGAUUCUCGGGGAUAACUUUCUGGAACAAGUUGGCGGUUGA